CGCCAAGCUUCGUGUGGCAUAGGCGCAGCGUGGACAGCUUUCCCGAAACUAAUUCUUCCCUGAAAGGACACCUGCAAAGAUGGCCCCAGUCCUUCACUUCUAUGUCCGACCCUCUGGCCAUGAAGGAGCAGCGACUGGACACACUCUACAGAAAGUACAAAGGCAACUACCAGAGCUGCAGGGUGUUGAGACAGAACUCUGUUACAAUGUGGACUGGACAGCUGAGGCCUUCCCAAAUGCUGAGGAAAUAAAGAAGCUGAAAUGGCUGUUUGGCUGCCCGUUGUUGCUGGAUGAUGUUGCUCAAAAGUCCUGGCUCCUUCCAGGUUCCAAUGACCUGCUGCUGGAAGUUGGGCCCAGGCUGAACUUCUGUACUCCAACAUCCACCAACAUCGUUUCUGUGUGCCAGGCCUCAGGGCUGGGAGCUGUAAAUCGUGUGGAGAUUACCCGACGCUACCGGCUCUCGUUUGCCUACCACCCUUCAGCUGAGGUGGAGACCGUGGCUCUGGCUGCCCUGCAUGACCGGAUGACAGAGCAGCACUUUCCCCAUCCCAUCCAGAGCUUCUCCCCUGAAAGCAUCCCAGCCCCCCUGAAUGGCCCCAUCAACAUAUUAGCUGAGGGUCGGCUUGCCCUGGAGAAGGCCAACCAGGAGCUAGGUCUGGCUCUAGACUCCUGGGACCUGGAUUUCUAUACCAAGCGCUUCCAGGAACUACAGCGGAAUCCCAGCACUGUGGAGGCCUUUGACUUGGCUCAGUCCAAUAGUGAGCACAGCCGACACUGGUUCUUCAAGGGCCAGCUCCAUGUGGAUGGAAAGAAGUUGACACACUCGCUGUUUGAGUCUAUCAUGAGUACCCAGAUGUCCUCGAAUCCUAACAAUGUCCUCAAGUUCUGUGACAACAGCAGUGCAAUCCGGGGGAAGGAAGUCCGAUUCCUACGACCUGAGGAUCCUUCACAGCCAAGCUGCUUCCAGCAACGGCAGGGGCUAAGACAUGUUGUCUUCACAGCCGAGACACACAACUUCCCCACAGGAGUAGCCCCCUUCAGUGGUGCAACCACGGGCACAGGGGGCCGAAUCCGGGACAUCCAGUGCACGGGCCGCGGGGCCCAUGUGGUGGCUGGCACUGCUGGCUAUUGUUUUGGAAACCUGCAUAUCCCAGGUUAUAAUCUUCCCUGGGAGGAUCCAAGCUUCCAGUACCCUGGGAACUUUGCCAGGCCCCUGGAGGUUGCCAUCGAAGCCAGUAAUGGGGCAUCUGACUAUGGCAACAAGUUUGGGGAACCAGUGUUGGCUGGCUUUGCCCGCUCUUUCGGCCUCCAGCUCCCUAAUGGUCAGCGGCGUGAGUGGAUCAAACCCAUUAUGUUUAGUGGGGGCAUUGGGUCCAUGGAAGCUGAGCAUGUGGGCAAGGAACCUCCAGAGCCAGGCAUGGAUGUUGUAAAGGUUGGGGGUCCUGUCUAUAGGAUUGGAGUUGGAGGUGGAGCAGCUUCAUCUGUGCAGGUGCAGGGAGAUAAUGCCAGUGACCUGGAUUUUGGGGCUGUGCAGCGGGGAGACCCAGAAAUGGAACAGAAAAUGAACCGUGUUAUCCGGGCUUGUGUGGAAGCCCCCAUGGAAAACCCCAUCUGCAGCCUCCAUGAUCAGGGUGCUGGUGGCAAUGGCAAUGUCCUAAAGGAACUGAGUGACCCAGCAGGGGCCAUCAUUUACACCAGCCGCUUCCAGCUGGGUGACCCAACCCUGAAUGCCUUGGAAAUCUGGGGGGCCGAGUACCAGGAGUCAAAUGCACUUCUGUUGAGGCCCCCCCACCGGGACUUCCUGAGUCGUGUCAGUGCCCGGGAACGCUGUCUGGCUUGCUUUGUGGGUACCAUUACUGGAGACAAGAGGAUCGUGCUGGUGGAUGAUCGUGAGUGUCCCAUGGGGAGAAAUGGCCAGGGGGAUGCCCCCCCUAAACCUCCCCCAACCCCUGUGGACCUGGAGCUCGAAUGGGUAUUGGGCAAGAUGCCUCAGAAGGAGUUCUUUCUCCAGAGGGAUUCUCCUGUGUUGCAGCCCCUGGCCUUGCCUCAGGGGCUGAGUGUGCGCCAGGCUCUGGAGCGGGUUCUGAGAUUACCCUCUGUGGCCAGCAAGCGCUAUCUCACCACCAAGGUGGACCGCUCUGUGGGUGGCCUGGUGGCCCAACAGCAGUGUGUUGGGCCUUUGCACACUCCUCUGGCUGAUGUAGCUGUCAUAGCACUGAGUCACCAGGAACUCAUAGGGGCUGCCACAGCCCUGGGAGAGCAGCCAGUCAAGAGCCUGCUGGACCCCAAGGUGGCUGCCCGGCUGGCUGUGGCUGAAGCCCUCACCAACCUGGUGUUUGCUCUGGUCACUGAUCUCCGGGAUGUGAAGUGCAGUGGGAACUGGAUGUGGGCAGCCAAGCUCCCAGGGGAAGGUGCAGCUCUAGCUGAUGCCUGUGAGGCUAUGGUGGCUGUGAUGGCAGCACUGGGUGUGGCAGUGGAUGGUGGCAAGGAUUCCCUCAGCAUGGCUGCCCGGGUCGGCACUGAGACUGUGCGGGCUCCUGGGUCACUGGUCAUCUCAGCUUAUGCUGUUUGUCCAGAUAUCACAGCCACUGUGACCCCAGACCUCAAACAUCCUAGAGGGAGAGGCCAUCUGCUGUAUGUGCCUCUGAGCCCUGGGCAGCACCGGCUGGGGGGCACAGCUCUGGCCCAGUGUUUUUCACAGCUCGGGGAACAGCCUCCCAACCUGGAUCUUCCUGAGAACCUGGUUCAUGCCUUCAGGAUCACCCAGGGGCUUCUAAAAGACCGCCUCCUCUGCUCAGGCCAUGAUGUCAGCGAUGGAGGCCUUGUCACCUGUUUGCUCGAGAUGGCCUUUGCUGGGAAUUGUGGGAUAGAAGUGGAUGUAGCUGCGCCUGGGGUCGAUGCGUUGCCAGUGCUGUUUUCUGAGGAGCCAGGCCUGGUGCUGGAGGUGCAGAAGCCAGACCUGGCUGGAGUGUUGCAGCGUUACAGGAAUGCUGGCCUCCACUGCCUGGAGCUGGGCCACACAGGCGAAGCUGGUCCCCAUGCCAUGGUUCGGGUAUCAGUGAACGGGACUGUGGUUGUGGAGGAGCCAGUUGGGCAACUGCGAGCCCUCUGGGAGGAAACAAGUUUCCAACUGGACCGGCUGCAGGCAGAGCCACACUAUGUGGCAGAAGAGGAACAGGGUCUAAGGGAGCGGAUGGGGCCCAGCUAUUGCUUGCCCCCCUCUUUCCCCAAGGCCUCUGUGCCCCAUGAGCUUGGUGGUCCUGCCCCGCGAGUCGCCGUCUUGCGAGAAGAGGGUAGUAAUGGAGACCGGGAGAUGGCUGAUGCUUUCCACUUGGCUGGGUUUGAGGUGUGGGACGUGACCAUGCAGGACCUCUGUUCUGGGGCCAUUGGGCUAGACACAUUCCGUGGUGUGGCCUUUGUGGGUGGUUUCAGCUAUGCAGACGUCCUGGGCUCUGCCAAAGGAUGGGCAGCUGCUGUGACUUUUCAUUCACAGGCUGGGGCUGAGCUGAGGCGUUUCCGGAAGCGGCCAGACACCUUUAGCCUGGGCGUGUGUAAUGGCUGUCAGUUGCUGGCUCUGCUGGGCUGGGUGGGUGGCAACCCUGAUGAAGAAGUCGGGGAUAUGGAUCAUGACUCCUGGCCAACCCAGCCCGGCCUCAUGCUGCGUCACAACCUGUCUGGGCGUUUUGAGUCUCGCUGGGCCACUGUGCGUGUGGGGCCUGGGCCAGCCCUGAUGCUUCAAGGGAUGGAAGGUGCUGUGCUGCCAGUAUGGAGCGCCCAUGGAGAAGGUUACAUGGCAUUUUCUUCUCCAGAACUCCAAGCCCAGAUUGAGGCCAAAGGCCUGGCUCCCCUGCACUGGGCAGAUGAUGAGGGGAACCCCACAGAGCAAUACCCACUGAAUCCCAAUGGUUCUCCAAGGGGUGUGGCUGGUGUCUGCUCCCAUGAUGGCCGCCACCUGGCUCUUAUGCCUCAUCCUGAGAGGGCUGUGAGGCCAUGGCAGUGGGCAUGGCGACCCCCUCCAUUUGACACUCUUACCACCUCCCCGUGGCUUCAGCUCUUCAUCAAUGCCCGAAACUGGACCCAGGAAGCAGGCUACUGAGCCAUCUGGACAGGCUCACCUGCCCUUACAACUUAUCCCUCUGUGUUUGCUGCUCUGUCACCUUCAGGAUUACCCUUCAUGACUUCCAAAAGUAUCUCAGACAAGGACCAAAAUGCAAAGAAAAGCUCAGCUGAUUUACUCAUCUGCCUGCUGGAAACUUGUCUGUAGAGCUGUCCUUAGUUCUAUCUUCUAACAUCAUUUGCCCUUCCUUGUGUUUAGGAAGCAGCCUGUGGCUUGGGGCAAAGAGCUGAUAAGCGAAAGUUAGGGUGCAAGCGCUGGGGUUCUCUUGCCUUCCCACUUCCUCAGCAAUCACCGCAUCCUGCCUCAUUUCCCUCCUGGGCUCUGAGGGAAGUUUAUGUCCCCCUUUUUUCAUUUUGGUGUAGGAUCUGGGAACAGCAUGCAAUGGGCCCUGUCCAUUAUCAUUGUUAGUAGCAGAAGCUUCCUGGAUUCCUUUUCAAGUGAGCUGUGCUGUGAGAAUUGUUGCUUACAGAAUUUUCUUUGACAGGAUUUCUGGCUGUGUCUCAGGGCUGGCCUGGUGCCACCCUCUAAACUCAGUACUUGUUUUUUUUUUUUUUUCUUUUGGUACCAAGGAUUGAACUCCAGGGUACUCAACCACUGAGCCACAUC